AUGGUCUCCAAGUUCCCCGACGUUCCAUCCUACAGCCAGGUAGCCUGUGUCGGUGCCGGUCUAUCAGCUGUCGCCCUGGGAGCCUCGCUGAAGCGAUGGUACGGUUUGGAAGACAUCCGCUUCUUCGAACGGCAUCCAACUAGCGGUGGGACAUGGUACAUCAGCACCUAUCCAGGAUGCGGUUGCGACGUCCCGAGCGCUCUGUACAGCUUCUCCUUCGCUCUAAACCCCAACUGGACGAAGCUCAUGCCAUCGAAUACGGAGCUUAAGGAGUAUGUCGAUAACGUGGUCGAUACGUACGACCUUCGUCCGAAGAUGACAUUUGGAACGGAAGUCGUCCGCAGCUUCUGGCGGGAUGAUGCAAACCGGUGGCUUCUCUACCUGCGCGAUCUGAAUACUGGACGCGAAUAUACCCAUGAAUGCCAGGUUCUCUUUGCCGCCACAGGACAGCUUGUCGAACCACGCCCCUGUGAGAUCCCCGGCGCCGAAGACUUCCGCGGGCGUAUCUUUCACUCCGCGAGGUGGGAUCAUAGCGUGAAUCUUGAAGGGAAGAAUGUUGUUGUUAUCGGGAAUGGAUGCACUGCUGCACAAAUCGUGCCAGCUCUCGUAAACGACAAAAAGGUGAAAUCCAUCACGCAGAUUGUCCGAACCAAGCAUUGGAUAUUCCCAGCUCCGAACUUCCCGUACCCUCGAAUUCUGCAGUGGAUCUUUCGCUAUGUUCCAUUAGCUAUGAAAUUGCACAGGCUCCACAUCUUCUUGGUUGCUGAGAAUGAUUUUCGCUUGUUUCCUAUGACCAAGAGCGCGGCGAAACUCAGGGAGAAGCGACGAAGGCAAGUGGAGAAGUACAUGCGAGAGGCAAGUCCAGAGAAAUACCAUGACCUCCUGAUCCCGGACUUUGACGUAGCCUGCAAGAGGAGAAUCUUCGAUCCUGGAUAUCUGGAAUCGCUUCACAGCGAAGCGGUCCUCCUGACCGACGCGAAGACCCAAAAGAUCAUUGCAGAUGGCAUUGAGUCAGAUAAAGGCUUCAUACCAGCGGAUGUGAUCGUCCUCGCGACAGGCUUCCAGACCAACAAAUUUAUCCCGUACAUGGACGUUGUCGGACGCAAGGGCGAGAACGUCUCCGAGCACUGGAAAAGAUACGAUGGCCCAGCUGCCUAUAACUGCUCUGUGUUAAGCGGGUUUCCCAACUUCUUCAUACUCCUGGGACCGAACGCGGCAACCGGGCAUACGUCAGCGAUGAUGGCUGCGGAGAACUCCGUCAAUUAUGCUCUCCGCGUCCUAAAGCCAGUCCUAGAUGGCGACGCCGCUUCGGUCGAGCUCAAGGCUAAAGCCGAGCACGACUACGUGUACUGGGUGCAAGACGCGUUGAGUAAACGCGUUUGGAACGCUGGCUGUUUAUCAUGGUAUAUAAAUGACAAGAAGUGGAACUCCAUGUCCUAUCCCUGGACUCAAGCCCACUACUGGUGGAGGAGUCUUUUUCCCACCUGGUCGGACUGGAACAUCAAGGUUUGCUCUCAACUUCGUUUGAUUCGGUGCACAUGGUAUACUGACUGCAAGUAG